AUGCCCGCGAAUAAAGACGAUGGCGGAUGGCAGAAGUUCCUGUGGGAUUCGGAGAAAGGAGAGCUGCUGGGUCGCACGGGGGGAAUCAAAAUUACGCUGUUCUAUGUCAUCUUCUAUGGCUGCCUGGCUGGGAUAUUCAUUGGCACUAUCCAAGCCAUGUUGCUGACCCUGAGUGACUACAAACCCACCUGGCAGGACAGAGUUGCCCCUCCUGGCCUUUCACACACCCCUCGGUCAGAUAAAUCAGAAGUGUCCUUCAACCUAAACGACGUGGAGACGUACCUGCCUUACACCAAAGCUCUGAAAGAGUUCCUGGCCAAGUACAACGAAGAGGUCCAGAGGGACCAGAUGAAAUUUGAAGAUUGUGGAGAGGAUCCUGCAGAGUACAAGAACCGAGGGGACUUGGAGAGCGACAUGGGGGUCAGAAAGGCCUGCCGUUUCUCCAGAGCAAACCUGGGACCUUGCUCUGGCCUGGAUGACCCCGACUUUGGCUUCAAGGAAGGCAAGCCCUGCAUGGUUGUGAAACUCAACAGGAUCGUAAACUUCCGUCCGAAGCCACCAACCACUAAUGAAUCCAUUCCCGAGGACGCUCAGCCCAAGGUGCAGCCCAAUGUGAUCCCCCUCUACUGCACCAACAAGAGAGAGGAAGAUGCCGGUAAGGUCGGAGAGAUCAAGUACUGGGGCAUAGGGGGCGGAUUCCCCCUGCAGUACUACCCCUACUACGGCAAGCGGCUCCACCCCCACUACCUGCAGCCCCUGGUGGCGCUGCAGUUCACCAACCUGACCCAGAACAUGGAGCUGCGCAUCGAGUGCAAGGUGUUCGGCGAGAACAUCUACUACAACGACAAGGACCGCUACCAGGGCCGCUUUGACCUCAAGCUCAUGAUCAACAAUUUAUGACCGGCGUCAGGACCGUAGCGCCUUUUACUCGAUACCCUCCUUUCCCCCCACCCUACUCUUCCUCUCAAUUAUCGUUAGCCAUAACAGUUAAAUUAAUCACAACUAGUCUUGAAUGAUAAAAGGAGACAAAAAAUACGUAUAGUUGAGGAACCCGAAGUGUAAUCUGUCCGCAAUCAUCCACAGCUUCCACACCUCUCUCUAGCCUUAGAGUUCAAUUUAGAAGAUCGUAGUAAUAGGGGCCCCACCAAAAAUGGUAAUUCGCCUUUCCUCAAGCCAUGGAACAUUAUUUGAAGAUAACUAUAACAUGCGAUUGUCUCUCAUGCUUAGCGAGCUGUGUGGGCCCAACCCCCCCCCCCCAAAUAUCGCUGCCUUUGUGUGGUUACAGUGCGUAGUUUCGGAGUUAGCUGUAGACAAAGCCCACGCUAACCUCUUCCAUUUUUUUUCUCGCGUCGGCAAGCUUUCGCAAUUCUCGGGCGCACUAGCGUCCGAUAAGAACGCCCGCGGCCAUUUAGCGAAUGAUUUUUCUUAAAUGGUCGGCUCACUCUUCUGAUCUAAGGAAAAAAGUCUGCACUCCAGGAAAUGUCUUUCCAUAUUUUUGUCUUUUACUGCUGAUCAUGGGAUGCUGUUUUGUCUUCACGUAAUCAUGGAAUGAAUGGGUUUUUUUCUUUUUUUCUUCUUCUUCUCCCCUUGGUUUCAUUCCUUUUAACUCUGAUUUAUUUUUUUUGCCUUGAAUGUAGACUUGUGUGUCCAGCCUGUUAGACACUUUGGCCUGCUAUUAGGGCAAUGGUGCUAACUUGAGUUUUUAAGAUUACUUUUUUCUUUUUUUUUUUUUUUUUGCUGGAAUUAUCGCAGCAUUUUUUUGGUGUAACUGAAUGUUUUUGACCAUCUAAACGUGGUGGAAGAAUUUUAUAUUUAUGCAGGUGUACAUUUUGUUUCUUUGCAUAAUAUUGUAAUGUAUAAAUGCAAAACCAAAGGGAGGAGUUUUAAUGGUCGCUCAGAAGCAAUGCAGUACUCAUUUUAACGAAUGUCAUCAUGUGGAGUGCUAAAGUCAAUGUCUUGGUUAACUUCCCAUCUGUGUUCUGACUGUGAAUUUAGUUCAGGCAGUACAGAGAAAAAAAAAAAAAACAUUCACGCUCUUCCAGAGCUCAGUGAGCUUCAGAUGACCAACGCUGGUAUAUUAGAUAUCAUAGGAUCUCAUGUUGAUGCGGGGGAAAAAAAAACCCUCAACAUUUAACAAGCCUUUCAUUCGUUCAUUCAACUUGCCUUUUCAUCAAAGAUGGAAACAAAUAAAGUCGAAGUUGAACCUUUUUCCUGUCUUUCUUUUUUUUU